AUGAAGAUUGAAUUCGCUCCCCGGUCGAUCCCUUUAGAGAGGAGGCUGCAGACGGCUUCUGUUGCUCAGUGGGUCUUCAGUUUCCUUGCCCUAGCACCGUGCUGCAUUGGGAUCUUCAUUGGUCUGCUCUUCACCCGCUUCUGGUUGAUCAGUGUGCUUUAUGGAGCAUGGUGGGCCUACGACUGGGACAGACCGAGCAAUGGUGGGAGGAAGAUCCAGCUGAUCCGAAACUGGGUUGCCUGGAGAUAUAUGAGAAACUACUUCCCCAUCACAUUGGUGAAAACAGUGGAUUUGGAUCCCACCAAGAACUACAUCUUUGGCUUCCACCCCCACGGAGUCCUGGUGGCUGGUGCUUUCAUCAAUUUCUGCACGGAAGCAACAGGGUUUUCCAAGCUCUUUCCAGGCCUGAACCCUCAUCUGAUGCUGCUGGAUCUCUGGUUCAGAGCCCCAUUCUUUCGUGACUAUGUAAUGAGUGGAGGUUUAGUCGCCUCGGAGAAGGAGUCGGCUAAGUACAUCCUAAGCAAGCCAGGAGGGGGGAAUGUACUCACCAUCGCCGUGGGAGGUGCACGAGAAGCCCUGGAUGCACGGCCGGGUGCUUUCACGCUGCUUCUGGCCCACCGAAAGGGCUUUGUUCGGCUGGCCCUACAACAUGGUGUCCCACUUGUCCCAGUCUUUUCCUUUGGCGAGAAUGAGUUGUUUGAUCAAGUGGAGAACCCCCCUGGCUCCUGGCUGAGAUGUACACAAGAAUUCUUGCAACGGUUUAUGGGGGUCUCCCUUCCACUCUUCCAUGCCAGAGGAAUCUUCCAGUACAGUUUUGGGUUGCUUCCAUAUCGGCAGCCGAUCUUCACUGUGGUUGGCAAGCCCAUCCAGGUUGAGAAGAAGCCCAACCCCAGCCAAGAGGAAGUGGAUGAGUUACACCAGCACUACAUGGAGGAGCUGAGCAAGCUAUUUGAAGAACACAAACUGGGGUACAAGGUUCCAGAGGACAAGCAUCUUACUUUCGUAUGAUGUCAGAAAGCCACGUUCCACACUGACUCCCUCAUUUGCACUGGGUUGGAUGCCAAGAAAGUAGGAAAGAAAUCACUAGCACAGUUCUGCCAACCGUUACACAAGAGCUUACGCAAUGCUAAAAUACGUAUGUCCUUCAGCCGCUCUUGUACAUUCGGAUGAACAAGAUGGUGUGCAAGCAAAGAGCAUCUUUGGUUUGGUUUGCUCCCUGAUUGUUUUUGCAUGAGCUGUGCAUGUGAAAUGGCUUUUGCAUAAAUAGAAAGACAUCUUUGGAUCCAACCUAUUGGGUGUUGGCCCCUGUUUGAAUAUUUGGAGCUCUGUUAUAGGCAGUGCCAAUUUUUUCAGGAGAAUGAGGGCUUGCACAGUGUACAGAUGGGAAUGAGAAUUGAGGGAGUCUUCUACAAGGAUGUAGGGGAAGCAGAUGGGAAAUAUAAAACUUAACAGGGCAGCAUUGAAUCUGGUAAAUCUGUUUCGUGACUCACUGUGAUGAUUUUUAUCAAACUUCCUUGCUUUCAGAUUCAGUGCUCAUAAACAUUUUUGGAACUAUAACAUCCAAAAUGCACAAAAUAUGUGAUGCAAGCUUUCGAAACUCCACUGGCUUUUUCCAUAUGGCAAAGGUGU